GGAAUAAUUUCAACUUCCAUAUUUUCCCAGACACCUCGCUCCCUAGAUUUGUGCGGCUCUGUGGCCGCACACCAGGCCCUCGACUUGGCUAGAUGACGGGGUACCAGACAAUAGCGUCUGGCAGUGCGUCAGGGACUAUCUCCGGCGGAAUCAUGGCACAUCACCGACGUGCUCGCAACCCCAAGGCGGGCGGCGGCCACGCCUCCAUGAUGAGCAGCAACAUCAAUCUGCUGAAUACGAUCGUCGGCGCCGGAACUCUCGCCAUGCCCGCAGCCAUGUCCCACUUUGGCGUCAUGCUGGGCGUCUUGCUGAUUGUGUGGUGCGGGCUCACGUCAGCUUUUGGUCUGUACCUUCAGGCACGCUGCGCUCGCUACCUCGAUAGGGGAACUUCGUCCUUCUUCGCGCUCUCGCAGAUCACGUAUCCGAACGCUGCUGUUGUGUUCGAUGCUGCCAUCGCGAUAAAAUGCUUCGGCGUGGGCGUUUCCUACAUGAUCAUCAUCGGGGACCUGAUGCCAGGCGUGGCGGAAUCGUUUGGGAGUGCUGACUGGGGUCUGCCGUUUCUGGACGACCGCAAGUUCUGGAUCACGGCCUUCUUUUUGCUCUUCAUUAUCCCGCUGAGCUUCCCCAGGAGGCUAGAUUCGCUCAAGUACACGAGCAUGGUCGCAUUGCUUGCGAUCGGCUAUCUCAUCAUCCUGGUGGCCUACCACUUUGCCGCUGAUGAGAUCCCGAACGAACGGGAUAUCCGGAUCAUUACGUGGGAGGGACCAGUGGCUGCGCUCAGCAGUCUGCCGGUGGUCAUUUUUGCCUACACGUGCCACCAGAACAUGUUCUCGAUUCUGAACGAGAUCAAGGACAACUCCCCCGGCAGUAUUGUCGCCGUUAUCGGAUCCAGCAUCGGAUCCGCCGCCUUUAUCUACGUCCUGGUCGCCAUCACCGGGUACUUCACCUUCGGCAAUGACGUCAAGGGGAACAUAGUCAGCAUGUAUCCCCCUUCCGUCGCCUCUACGAUCGCCAAGGCAGCCAUCGUUGCCCUGGUCACCUUCAGCAUCCCGCUGCAGAUCCACCCCUGCCGCGCCUCCAUCGACGCGGUCCUUCGCUGGCGGCCCGGCAGCAGCCAGCGGUCCCCAAGUGUCGCGAGCGUUACCUCGGCCAGCGGCGGCAGCCAACCGCUCCUCCCCGCGGCCGGCUUGGCCUCGGCCCCUUCCCCCUCAGCCCUCGACAGCCACGGCGCGCCGGUCGCCGUCAUGUCGGAGCUGCGCUUCGCCCUCAUCACCAGCGCCAUCCUCGUGCUUAGCUACAUCACGGCCCUGCGCGUGUCGACGCUCGACCGCGUGCUGGCCUACGUCGGCAGCACCGGCUCCACCGCCAUCUCCUUCAUCCUCCCGGGCCUGUUCUACUACAAGAUCAGCGACCCCGAUAGCAUCUACCACCAGCGCCUGUCCAAGGAGGACGACGACGCGGUGUACAGCGACGAGGCCGACGGCCGGGGUCUCGAUCUCGACGACUGCGACAACGACGAGGAGGACGCGCUCGCGACGAGCGUGACGAGCCUGAGGUCCGCGGCCAGCCUGGCCGGGUCGGCGGCGGCGCGGUCGAGAGGCGGGAGGGGAGGCCGAUGGCGGCGGAAGUGGAGGUGGGACCUGGAGCACCUCGAGACGGGCCUGCUGCGCAAGCUGGCCGUGUGCCUGUCGGCGUACGGCGUGUGCGUCAUGGUGGUGUGCCUGGGGAUGAACGCGUUCUUUUCGCACUGAUCAGCCGAGUUGAGACCACCAGCCUAGAAGAAGAGGAGGAAGAACAAGAAGAAGAAGAAUAAGAAGAGGAAGAAGAAGAAGAAGAAGAAGAAGAAGAAGAAGAAGA